GGCCGCGGGGGCAGGUUUGCUUCGCGGGCGCUCGCACUCGGCGGCGGGCGGGCGCGCGGCUGCAGCAGGAGCUCCAGCGCCCGGAGUUGGAGUUGCCGGGAGUUUCCCCCAGCCCCUCCCUCUUCGCGCGCGGCAGCGGGAGCGCGAGCGGCGGCGAGCCAGUGCCCGGGCCAGCCGAGCCUUGUCCGGAGCCCGGAGCCCCGCGCGGGGCAGCCCCCGCGCAGGAGCCUCGCCGGCUGGGACGCGUGCCUCGCACUGGCACUGCAGGGGCACGAGCCAGGCUGCACGAAAACUCACUGCGUGCCCUCCUCGCUUGUUCUACAAUGAGUGCCAAAUCUGCCAUCAGCAAGGAGAUUUUUGCACCUCUUGAUGAAAGGAUGCUGGGAGCUGUCCAAGUCAAGAGGAGGACAAAGAAAAAGAUUCCUUUCUUGGCAACUGGGGGUCAAGGCGAAUACUUAACUUAUAUCUGCCUGUCAGUGACAAACAAGAAACCCACACAGGCGUCCAUCACGAAGGUCAAACAGUUUGAAGGCUCCACGUCGUUCGUGCGGAGAUCACAGUGGAUGCUGGAGCAGCUUCGCCAGGUUAAUGGCAUCGACCCUAAUCGAGAUUCUGCAGAGUUUGAUUUGUUGUUUGAAAAUGCUUUUGACCAGUGGGUAGCCAGCACAGCCUCAGAAAAAUGCACCUUCUUCCAGAUACUCCACCACACCUGCCAGAGGUACCUCACGGACAGGAAGCCAGAAUUCAUUAACUGCCAAUCCAAAAUCAUGGGAGGAAACAGCAUCCUCCAUUCAGCGGCCGAUAGUGUGACCAGUGCCGUACAGAAGGCAAGCCAGGCCUUGAAUGAGCGUGGAGAGCGGUUAGGCCGAGCAGAGGAGAAGACGGAAGACAUGAAGAACAGCGCCCAGCAGUUUGCGGAAACUGCACACAAGCUUGCCAUGAAGCACAAAUGUUGAGAAACUGCCUCUCCUGGUGACCCUCUUAAGAGAAAUGGAAGAGCUUGUUCAGCGGUUUUUACAAGAAUUCCGGACCUCCACUUGCUUCUUUUUUUCCAAUAUAUGGACAUUUAGGUUUUUUUUUGUUUUUCCUUUAUGGAUGUUAAGAUGAAAGAGAAGAUGUGUUUAUACAUUUCCCUAAUGAUCUUGCUAAGACAUGCCGCAUAGCAUCAGCUUCAUUUUUUUCCACUCUGUGUAUGUGUGUGUUUGUGUUUUCCCUUUUUUGGACCAAAUGAUAUACUGAGCUGAGUCUAAACUACAACAUGUAUUUUGUUCCCUGAUAUUAAGCAGGAAGACAUUUUAAUAUGGUGAUAUCAGAUGUUAUUGUUCCUGGAUGGAAAUAAAAGUCAAGCAGUGAUUGGCUUCUCCGUCUCCUAGCUACUCUUAAUUUGAAGGUUAAGAUCCUCUAUCCUGAGACAUAAGUCUGUAUUAUGGAAAACAAUUGGAUUUAUCAGGGGAAACAGCCAUCUUAGAUUUUGCUUUUUAUUUAGUAAUCUUUUGCAUGAGCCAUCACCAGCAUUCAAAAGAACAAAUCAGAAUCACAGAUAGAAAUCUACUUUCUGAGCUACAGUUUAAAUACUUCCUGCUCCUUGCUUCCAGGCUGAUUAUUUGGAAUUAUCAUAUGAAGGAUAAAAAUUUGAGAUUAAAGACCUAAAGAGAAGCCUAUUUAAAAGCCUCAAUGCAUUCGUGGAUGUUUCUUUCUUUUGUUGUGGCAAAUUAUGUAGCUGGAUUGAAAAGAGCUUGGAUUUUAAUCAAUAAUUGAUUUGUCCAGAUAAAGGUCUGUGUAAAUGAUAACACGAAAAGAUACUACAUUUAAAACCUUUUUUCUUUUCUUUUUACAAAGUCAUGCUGUUUUAGAGACACUCUCACAGUGUCCCUCAGAAAUGGCCUUCAGUUUCUUGGUAUCUGAUUUUUGGAGGUUUUGAUGUUAUUGCUGUCUAUUUAUUUAAUGUAAUUUAAAGUGUGAGUUUCUUGACAAAUUGCAUUUCAUGGCAAUUGCAUUUUGCCAAGUCUGACAUGAGACAGCACAGUCAUGAAUCCUUGACAUUGCAGUCAGAUUGAAUCAAGUUGGUUCACAUACCUCCUGAUUUUGUAUUACUCAAGAGAGUACUGGCUUUAGAGUCGGGGAGAUUUGUUUCUCAGAGGGGUAAAAUGCUAAACAUAGAAGCUGUGCUUUGUCAUCAUGACACAAGGAGGCAAGCCGCACAUCCCAGACACCUCCUCAGCCCCACGCUGCAGUGCAUUGAUUUCUAAGCUGCCUGAAUCUUCAGGACCCCUUUCUGUUCCUCCCUAUCCAUUGAGCUGACCGAGUCCUCGUGUAUUGUAGCCUCCUACACAGCAGCAUAAGAUGACUAUUGGAUUAUUUAUGCUGAUUUAAAUAGCUUAAGUUCUCCUGAUGAAACAUUCCCAGGGAGGUAGAAAGUUGGGCUAUUGGAAAAAAAAAUUGUCGUAGGCAACAUGUGUCAAAGGGAUGGGAUUUGCUGGAGACAAAUUUCUGAAUCCUCUUAGGUAGAUGAUCCACUUCAAGAAAACUCUCUGUAAAACUUAUAUGGUAAACUAUAUAAGUUUACUAUAAUAUUUUGUACUUUUGGUUUUUAAAAAGUUUAAAGAAGCAAAGAACUUGCUAUCCAGUGAGUACCAUUAGAAGCAUUUAUAAUUUCUAAGAAAAGCCCAAUAUAUCACUCCAAAUAAGUUUUGUUUGCAGCCCUCGGUUCAUAAAACACACACACAUACAGAGAUAUUCAUCUUCCCAAAUUGGAUUCUAGCUUCAGAGAUAGGUAAUUGGUAUAAAUAAUUGAAAAGGUCAAUCGAAGAGCCCCUGACAAUUGGCCAAACUCGAAAAUAAAACUUGUUGCCAACUAUCUAACAAGUGUUUGCAAAGCUGCUUCUAAAGUAGCAGAGGAUGAGGUCAUAGCAUGCUGUGAAAUUGGAGAUUCCUCCUCCCUGGUGGAAUUGUGAUAGUUAUGCUUCAUAAAUGUAAGUAUUCCACAUCUUAGUCUCUUUCCUCAGUCUCGGUUUAUCUUUUCAGCCUUAAGUCUCAUUGGAAAUAGCCUGGAUUAGAAAAAUGCCUAUCUGAAUCUUUAUUAGCUUCUUCUGUUGAUUUGCUUCCAGGCCGUGGUCAUGCCCUUGACCUCCCUGUGUCAAAGUCCUGCCUAGGCCUCCACCCUACAGAGAGGCUAUAACAGCAAUCCCUGUCCCUCUACCUCCUGACCUCUUGCAGAGGAGCCUGUGAUGACACACGUGAAGUUCUUUGCUAUCCUUUUGUAGAAGGUGCUGCAGUACAAAAGAUUAUACAAUGUAACCUAGAGAAAAUUGCUAAAAUGACUCACAUUAUUGGGACCAAUUCAUUUGGGACCAAUUCAAUGGCUUGCUAGAAAACAGUCUCUGUUUCAUUUCUGGAGUUUUUGGGGUACUGUAUUUCUGUGAAGGACUUCUUGAAUUGAUGACGCAUAAAGAAAAGCAACUUCCCAGUGUUUCCACUUCUUCCUGGAACAUAGCUGUAGUAUUCUUCACUAGUAUUAUUAGAUAUCUGUGUACAAGAAGUAUACAGUUAUUCAGGUUAAUGUUUCAUAUUAAUGUAUUUGUAAAAUCUAACAAGAUCAGUAGUUAACCUUUUUUAAGCUCUGAAAAGAUAAAGAUGAUGUGUUAGACUUAAAAUUAUAGUGAAAUCUGUCUUAAUACUACUUUUGUGGCUAGCAAAAGUUGUGCAUUUAUGUAAAAAUAUUUACAGAAUGCCCUAAAUAAGAGAUAGGUUUCGCUUUUAAUUUUUAGAAUUGUGACACUGCUGAUAUCUGUUGUACAGUUAUCAAUUCUUUGGAAGUUCUCUAAAAUGUCAAAGAUAAUUUUCGUUUCUUUCAGAGACAAGUAAUACCCGCUCUAUGAUUCGCUAUUACAGCAAACUCUAAUUUUGUCAUUAAAUAUUUUAACUCUGUGAUG